AUGGCAUCGCUAAAUCCCCAUGUCAAGCUCCCGACCCUCACGGGAGAUAAUUACUAUGACUGGAAAUUUGCGGUUUCCAUGGUCAUGCGGCGCAACGCGUGCUGGGACGUUGUGAGUGGAAAGGUGUCGAAGCCUGCCGAAGACAAGUUGGGAGACUGGCCGAAGAAAGCGGAAGAUGGACUCACACUGAUCAGGCUCACAGUCGAUCCGAGCCAGUACGGCUACAUUCAUGAUUGCGCGGAUGAACCGGCGGCAUGGAAAGCAUUGGCAGCGGUCUACGAGAAAAAUAGCCGCGCGAACCGAAUCGCCCUCAAGCGUCAAUUCUAA